UAUGGAGAUAAAGGUGUGUACAGCAGAUGAAAACUUUAGAUUGGGUAAAGUCAAUGAACUGUUUGUAUAUGAAAAUUUUACAAAAGUUCCAGCUGAAAUGGUCGAAGCUGGAGAUAUUUAUGUUGUCUGUGGUAUAAGUGAUGUCCUUAUUGGUGAAACUCUGGCAGAUAAAUUUGAUGGCUUAGCUUUGCCUGGAAUUAAAAUUGAAGAACCUACUAUGAAAAUGGCAUUUUCAAUUAAUACUUCACCAUUUGUGGGGCGUGAGGGGAAACAUGUGACAAGCAGAAAAAUUAGGGAACGUCUUUAUCGUGAACUUGAGAGGAAUUUGGCAAUGAAAGUUGAAGAUGGAGGGAGAUGA